GCGGCGCACGGACAGCGGGCUCGGAGCUGCCGCAGAGCGCCUCGGCUCCCUCCGGACUGCUUCCGACACUACUUUGAAUCCACAUAUAAAAAAGGACAUAUUUCUUCACAAUCAUCCCUCCCCCACACCCCCACCCCAAAAGAAAGGAGGGAGAGAGAGAGGGGGGGGGCAAAGCAGGUUGCGUUCAAUGCGCAGCCAUGCUUCUCGUCUCGUCUCGCAGCGCGCUGCUGUCCGUCUACUACCCGCAGAUCUUCCUCAUCCUCACCAGCGGUAGCUACCUGGCGUUGUCCUCCGUGGUGGCCCUGGGCGCCAACAUCAUCUGCAACAACAUACCAGGACUGGCACCCCGUCAGAGGGCACUCUGCCAGAGUCGCCCGGACGCCAUCAUCAUCAUCGGCGAGGGCGCCCAGUUGGGCAUCAACGAGUGCCAGUACCAGUUCCGCUACGGGCGCUGGAACUGCUCUGCCCUGGGGGAGAGGACGGUCUUCGGACAAGAGCUGAGAGUAGGCAGCAGGGAGGCAGCAUUCACCUACGCCAUCACAGCCGCUGGAGUUGCCCACGCGGUGACGGCGGCCUGUAGCCAAGGCAACCUAAGCCAGUGCGGCUGUGACCGCGAGAAGCAGGGCUACCAUGACCGGGAGGAGGGCUGGAAGUGGGGAGGCUGCUCGGCAGAUGUCAAGUACGGCGUGGAGUUUUCGCGGCGCUUCGUGGACGCUCGUGAGAUCAAGAAAAACGCCCGCCGGCUGAUGAACCUCCACAACAACGAGGCGGGUCGAAAGAUCCUGGAGGAGAGAACGAAGCUGGAGUGCAAGUGUCACGGCGUCUCCGGUUCCUGCACCACCAAGACCUGCUGGAUCACCCUGCCAAAGUUCAGAGAGGUCGGCUACCUGUUGAAGGAGCGCUACGGCGACGCGGUGCAAGUGGAGCCUGUCCGGGCCUCGCGGCUCCGCCAGCCCUCCUUCCUACGCCUGAAACAGGCUCGGGGCUACCAGAAGCCCACGGACACGGACCUGGUGUACCUGGAGCGCUCGCCGAACUACUGCGAGGAGGACACGAUCACGGGAAGCACGGGGACGAGGGGCAGGCUGUGCAACGGCACUUCCACUCACACGGACGGGUGCAACAUGAUGUGUUGCGGCCGGGGCUACGACACGCACCACUACACGCGGGUCUGGCAGUGCAACUGCAAGUUCCACUGGUGCUGCUUCGUCAAGUGCAACACCUGCAGAGAGAAAUCGGAAGUUUUUACCUGCAAGUAGGGGCAAGGAAACGGGGACUCCGAAAAGGAAGGGCCUUGACAUAUUUAUUACAUUUUGCACAUUUUGGCAUCGUAUUUCUAAAGAAACAAAAACUCAAGCUGAAUUUGAGCGGUGGAAGUCACUGGGAGCAACAGAGACAAACAACUUUGCAAAGGUUUUCAACUUUUUCCACAUAUUCUUCUGCAACAGCUGCAAAUGUAAACAUAUUUUUAAGGGAUUUUCAGUG